GGGGGGGGGGCUCUUAAUUUAUUUUAGCCCCUCCAACUGGACGAAUUGAAGGUGGAUUUUUAACUUACAUGCUGUGUGACCCACAACCCCUAAUUUGGGGAGGACAAGCUGCCCUAACAGUUCCUGGUCUCAUGAAAAGUUGUGGGGCACUGCUCCCACAGCCCCAGAGUUGUGGGAGCAAGCUUCCCUCACUGCCUUCUCCCCCGGUUCCUGUGCCUCUGUAUGAAUCUAUGAAAUUAUGUUGGUAGAUUUCCGAUUUUGAUUCCUCCAGCUGUGAGGAGGGGGGGGGGGCUCAAAUACAUAAUGAGCCCCCCAGCCGAAAAGUUGGAGGGGCUCAGCCCCCGCUAGCCCCCCCCCCGGUUCCCGCGCCUAACUAGGUCAUUCAAAGACAUUUUGUGGUCAUGAUCUCUUAGUGUAUUGUCAAUAGGCCAAAGCUUGAAGAGUCUCUCAAUCCCAAAUGGUUUUCAGCUCAGUUUUAGCAUUUUUUUAAUCUUAUGGGUCACCUUUAAUGAUAUUAAGACCCACUUUAGCCUUAUGACCUUAACUUAUGGGUGGGUCCCCCAAUGACCUUAAGGUCAAGUAACGUUUUCGCCUAUAACUUUGCACCUAAUUAAGCUACAGCUUUCAGCGUAGGCUCAUUGUGUUCAGCUCGACGAGACGAAUCGAAUGCUAUGCAAUAUUAGGCAUUUUGGCCAUCUUAAGUAUGUAAGUGUUUAAGUAGUGCUUAACUUCUUAAGUACACUUACCUAGUAAAAUUGUAUAUCAUUCGAUGCGCAAGAGCAAGCUGAGCACGAUGGCGUUUGCCGUUUAUCUUUCUCUUAAAUAGAUCAAAAGUUAUAAGCAAAAAACUGCAUGAGUAAAAUCGCGACCUUGUGACCUUUUGUGACCUACAGGACUUAAGAGGUUCAGGUUAAGCAAAAGUUAAGUAUAGGGUUCGAUUGGGCUUGUUCCAAGCUUUUGAAUGGCUUCCUAAAAUUUGUUCUAGCUGUUAUAAGUUCUGAGAUAUAGCGAUAUUUCUUCCAAAAACGCCGAUUUGGGAAAAUAUUGGCCUUUUAACCCCCCAAAACCCCCUUAAACACGACCCUUGGGGAACGAAGUUUGCGGGAGGGCGAGACCUCUGUUCGUAAGGUAUCGAGGUAAGGUAUAAGGUAAGGUAUAAGGUUUAUAAGGUAUCGUAAGGUACCUCUGUUCGUAAGGGCGAGUUCGUAAGGUAUCGAGAUAUUUAUCCUUUGUACUUUCUGUUGUGUACUUUCGGUUGUGUUUGCUCUGUCACACUGCCACCAGCGGUCCUCGUGUGCCCUAUCACUGUGUUGGGUCAUAGUGUUUUGUCUGUGUGGCCGCCAGGAGCGUCAAAUGCAGUCGGCGCUACGGCUGGCCGUGUCAGCGACCCACCGGCUCGGCCACGGCCAACAGGCAGCCGACUCCGACGUCAAGUAGGCGCUACGGUUCCUGACGCCAGCAGGAGCACUUGACCAGCAGCUCACCGCCACCGCACAGGACCUGGCACAGCUCGGCACAGGCAUGCACAUUGACCCAGCAGUGGUGCAAGAAUGCGAAUGGCACGUCAGUCACCAGAUCUGCAGUGAUGUCGCCCGGCUCUGACGAUGGCGCACAGCCGCCGUGUCCGCGGUCUCCGUCGCCGCCGCGGUAUGCGGCGCUGGGCGGCGACUCGUACAUGUCGCGGUCUCGCCAUUGGGGGCCGAACGAUUCGCGGCUCCCGCCGACCCCGCCGGCGACGAGUUUCCUCCGGCGAGUCCUGCGCCAUCUGGCGUGGUCGACGCUGCCCGGGAGGUUCCUGGCUGGCAAGCUGCUGCUGUGUCUACCGACGCACAGAGUUUUGUCGUGGCUGUGCUGUCCGCGGCCGUGCUCCACGGUUGCGACGUCUGCGGCCAAGCUGCCCGCUGCUGAGCUCCGCGGCCGAGCUGCCAGUGGCCGCGCUCUGCGGCCGUGCUCUGCGGUCGUGCUCUGCGGCCGUGCUUCCCGUGGCUGGGCCCUCCGUGGUCCCGUGAUCGUGGCCGCGGCGAGGGUGCCGCGACCUGCGCGGUGCCGUGCGCUGCAGUGAUGGCGCCGCGCACUGUGCAGUGAUUGUGCCGAGCGCUGCGUACGCGGUGGGUGCCGCGCGCCGCGCUGUUGAGCGUGCCGUAUUCGGACGGUGGCUGCCGCGCGCAGCGUGGUGAUUGCUGCGCUCUGCCAUGAGUGCCGCUCACUGCCGUGGCCUGAGUGCCGCGCUCGGACGGAGUGCCACGCGCCGUUGUGUUGCGUCGCCUUCUGCCUUUUGAUAUGUGCUAUCUCCGAAUUUAAUGUUGCUUGUUGCCGAUGUUCGCUUCUUUUCGUUAAGAGGGUCGGGUAUAGUCGGUCGAUUUAUUCGCACCGUUUGAUUUCGUACCGGCUUCUCUUCUGUUUCUUAUUGUUUUCUGCGAUGUCACUUGUCCGAUUUUAUAU